UCAGUGGACAUCUGUUGAGGUGGCGAGCUUCACGGGGAGUUUUCGGCGGGCUAUAGAAAUCUAAUAUAUAAUUUAUUAGUUGAAAUUAUAAAUCAUGUUUAGGUUAUAGCCGGUAAUUACUGUUGACCUUCUUACGUCUGUUUUGCCCGCCUUUAGCCGUAAAGGCGCGUGAAGAAAUUAAAGGCGCGAGGAUAUAUGGAUAUAAUUGCGGACAUGGCUGUAAAUCAAGACUGGGGCUGUGAUGAUAUUAUCCAGUUUAACCAGUUCGACGGUCUUCCUUUUUCCUCACGGUAUUAUACACUGCUGAAGGAGAGAAAAGCUCUUCCAGUUUGGGGAGCCAAAUGUGAAUUCAUGGACUACAUCACCAAUAACCAACUAGUUAUUAUCAGUGGCACAGCAAGAACUGGACAAAGUACUCAGAUCCCACAGUGGUGUGCAGAGUUCUGCCUGUCUGUGCAGUACCGGCACGGCAUGGUGGUGUGCACUCAGAUCCACAGGCAGAGCACAGUGCAUCUUGCCCUCCGUGUGGCUGAUGAAAUGGACGUGAACAUUGGCCAUGAAGUAGGAUACGCCAUCCAUUUCCAGAACUGCUGCUCAGCUGACACAGUGCUUAGGUACUGCACUGAUGACCUGCUGCUUUGUGAGAUGAUGUCAGACCCUCUGUUGGAGCAGUAUGGUGUGGUUUUGAUUGAUCAGGCUCAGGAGCGCACGGUCAGCACAGAUCUCCUACUCGGCCUGCUCAAAGAUGUGCUGUUGGCACGUCCUGAGCUGCGUCUGGUCAUCCUCACAGCACCUCAGUCCUCUGACAAGCUUCUGCGCCACUACAGAAACGUGCCAUUGAUCCAGCUUGAGGCAGAACAACCCUCUGAAAUAGUGUAUGGCACCGAGAGGGGAGGUGUGAAAGACUAUUUGUAUGCCUCUCUCCAGAUGGUUAUGGAAAUCCAUCAGUCUCAAGCGGAUGGAGAUAUUGUAGUGUUUCUGGCUACUGAACAAGAGAUUGAAUGUGCUCAUGCCAUCUUGAGGCGGGAAGGGGCCGGGGUAGCUUCAUCACUAGGUGAGCUCAUGCCCGUGUCAGUCUGUCCAGAGCAGGAGGACAAUCUGCCUGCACUUUCAGAAGGGGAGGGCAGGUGCAGGAGAAUCUUCCUGACUUGUGGUCCAACUGAAGACCUUUUUUGGGCCAUGCAUAGCAUUCGCUUCAUCAUCGAUGCUGGAGUACAAAAAAGAUAUGUGUACAACCCUCGAAUCAGAGCGAGCUCUAUUGUUAUUCAGCCAAUUAGCAAAAGCCAAGCCGAAUGCCGCAGACAGCUGAUUGGUCGGACAGGGAAGUGUUUCCGUUUGUACAUGGAGAACACGCCGCUUCCAGCUGAGAAUGUGCCUCAUAUCCUGGAGUCUGACAUCACUUCAACAGUGCUUUUCCUUAAGAGGAUGGAAAUCGCUGGGUUGGGUCACUGUGAUUUCAUCGAUAGGCCAGACCCUGAGGGCCUCAUGCAAGCUUUAGAAGAGCUGGACUACCUAGCGGCUCUGGAUAACGAUGGUAAUCUGUCGGAGAUUGGAAUAAUAAUGUCUGAAUUUCCUCUGGAGCCCCAGAUGGCUAAGACACUUCUGGCUUCCUGUGAAUUUGACUGUGUGAGUGAGGUGCUCACAAUUGCUGCCAUGUUAACAGCUCCAAGUUGUUUCUUGGUCCCGACUGUUGGGUUCAAACAACAGGCUCUCAAGAGUCAUCAGAUUUUUCAUCACACUGAAGGAGACCACUUCACCCUCAUCAAUGUGUACAAUGCCUACAAACAGAGCCAGCAUAGCUCACAUUGCAGCACAGAGCGCUGGUGUGAUGAGCAUUUCCUGAGUUUAAGCGCCCUUCAGAUGGCCGAUGUGGUUCGAACAGAGCUCACGGAGAUCCUGAAACGGUUAGAGCUGCCACUGUCCUCUCCAGCCUUUGGCUCCAAGACAAACAUCUUGAACAUCAAAAUGGCUCUACUGGCUGGUUUCUUCAUGCAGGUGGCCAGGGACAUUGAUGGGACAGGGAAUUAUUUCAUACUUACCCACAAGCAUGUUGCCCAGAUCCAUCCUCUCUCUGUAUAUGGAGCCGAGUCGCCCAAGCCGAACCAUCCUGAGUGGGUUUUAUAUCACAAGCACACACUGUCUGAGAAUAACUGCAUCAGAACCAUCACGCAGAUUUCAGCACACGAGUUCAUCCAGAUGACUCCUCAGUAUUUCUUUUACAACCUGCCCUCUAGUGAGAGUAAAGACAUACUGCAGAAUGUUAUAAAGCAUGGAUCAGCAGCACCGGGGAAGGGCAAGAGUAAAGCACAACCCCUUAACCACAGCGCCAGUGAAGAACAGUCCUAUGAGCGCUGUGUCAUACAGUGAACAGGGUAUAUCACACAUUGUAGCCUAAAAAAACAGGGUAAAAACGUACAGGUUGGAAUCACUUGUGUAGUGAUGUAACAGUGUAAGGCUGAACUAAAGAUGUAAUAUAUGGACCUCUAGAAACAGCAUCUUAGUUCACUGUAAUGCUGUGAGGCAAGUAUGAAAAACAUGUAUUUGAAUACUGCUGUGCAGUGACUGUAGCGAUUAGCUGUCUGUGAAACGCUAGUGACUAGACUGAGUUCUAGUAAAACCUUUGUGUGCAGUUUUUGAAUAAAAACUACAGUAUUUUUGUCAACAGUAUUAGCUGCAGGGUUUAUUGUCAGUGACACAAAAAAUGUAUUUAUCUGCUCUGUUAAUACAAGUUUGUUUAA